UCCAGUAUGUGUAUUAGUGGCUGCUGGUGAGCCAGACACAUUAAAACAUGUUGUUAGACGAAUUAAACGUGAAAAUACAACACCAGAACCAGCAAAUGUAACAGAAAUACCCGAGAUUCCUGAAGAGUUCACAACCACUGGUGGGGUUGGAUAAGAUACCAUUCUUACUUUAUGACAAUUACAAACCAGAUCAGGAAAAUGAAAACAGAAUUGUAAUAUUUGGAACUGAGUUGGGAUUAAAACAUUUAUGUGAUAGUGAUAAAUGGUACAUGGAUGGAACAUUUGGAACCGCUCCUAAACAAUUCAAACAGCUGUUCAUCAUUAGACCUGCUGUCAGUGACGUGUUUGUGACGUGUGUGUAUGCAUUCCUACCGAACAAACAACAGUCUACGUAUGAAGAAGUGUUCGACGCUGUGAUGGAUGCUUGUGACGGAUAUGAACUCACACCAAAUCCAACUUCAGUCUCUUGUGACUUCGAAAUAUCAAUCCACAGAGCUAUCAACAUUAUGUUAGGUCCUCAGGUAAAUAUCCAGGGUUGUUUUUACCACCUUAUGCAGCCAACAUGGAGAAAACUGCAAAGUGAUGAUCUGUCAGUUCUGUACAAAGAAGAUGAUUCUAUUAAACACUUCUGUGGAAUGAGCGAUGGGUUGGCAUUUUUGCCAACAGACUGUGUGCAGGAGGGAAUGCGGUACCUGCGCUCAGUUGAGCCAGAAGAACUCCUUGAAAUAUUGGAAUAUUUUGACACUUAUUAUGUUAGUUGCCCUUACUAUUCAACCCAGGAGUCUUGAGGAGUGAUCAUUAGUGGCCCUUACCAUUCAACCCUGGGGUCUUGAGGAGUGAUCAAAAUUACCCGAACAAACAAUCUGAGGUAUCCAGUUGAUAUGCGGAAUGUGAAUAAAGUGACUCUGAAUGACGGGUAUGUACCAACAAUAUUUGUGAGUCUUGGAACAAUGGAUUCGCCUAUCUAGUAGGACAGAAGAACCCCAGUCUGUGGUAUUGUAUGAGUAGUAUUCAGAAGGAUCAGAUCAAUGUGAUGACAGAACUUGAACGGUUGAGACAGAGUGAUCAAGUGAGGAAAUGGGGUGAUGAGUGAAGUGAAACAGUACCAACAGAAAUUGAAGAGUCUGUGUCAACAGUUCUGGGAGGGAAAGAAGACUGACGUCUCUGCAUUUCUGCAGGCGCUUGGACAUUUGAUCAGAUUUAAAAUUUGAUGACAAUGUAAGUUUUGAAAAGUGAAAUAUGAGAGGAUGUCUAAAGUGUGCAAAUAAUAUCAUGUAUUUGA